AUGCAACUGACCGUCACGCUACUGCACACCAAUGAUGUCCACUCAAAUGUUGAGAUGGUCACUGCUUCUGGUGCACCUUGUCUCGAUCUUGAGGCGCGAAAGUUCGUAUGCUUCGGCGGAUAUUCAAGGAGAGCUAGCUUUAUAAAAGCAGAGAGGGCCAAGGAUAAUUUACUUUUGUUGGACGCCGGUGACCAGUUUCAUGGCAGUCCAUGGCACCACGUGUAUAAGGGCAGAGAAACAAGUUUCUUCAUGAACCUCCUCAAUUACACUGCUAUUGCCAUUGGUACACAUGCUUUUGACCAGUCUCUGGAAAGUUUGGAAGAGGUGUUGUCAAACUUUACCACUCAUAUAAUCUGCUGCAACCUCAAACUAGCUACCGCCACAGGGUUCUUUCAGAGAAUUGAACCCAUGUCAACUUAUGAUUACAAAAAUCAUAAAAUCCACAUCGUUGGCUACAUAACUGAAAAGGUUGCUCUGUCCGGCAGAGCAGGACCCUUGCAGUUUGUCGAGCACGUUACAAGAGUGCAAGAGACAGUACAACGGAUAAAAAGAUCUGGCAAUAUCAUCAUUGCACUUGGACAUGCCGGAUAUGAAAUGGACAUUAAGAUGGCAAAAAUCGUUCCGGAUCUGGAUAUCAUCGUUGGGGGAAAAAGUCACACGCUACUCCAUACUAAAAGUUGGCCUUUCAAGUGUUUCCAUAUUUGGCAAAUACCUCAGUUAUAA